GCAUCUGACAUUACGUCCGCGGGCAACCACCCGAUGUCCACAAAGGAGCGAAUGCAAAAAAUGCUCCUCUCCCUUGUGCCCAGUUUAGGCAUCCGCAAAGGUUUGGUUAUCAGCUCGCUUUUUCGACCGAAAAAGGUCUGUGUUCCUUCGUUAUCAGAUUCGUUGAUCGCGCGGUUCGGUUCCAACUUUACGUUACGCCACCGGUACAGGAUGAACGUGGCCUAUUUCCGGCAGCUGCCCAACGAAGAGCAAUGUGCCAUCUGUUUUCAUCUGUCGAGCGAACGGUACCGGAUUGAUAAGGUGUUCAACUUUUCGAGGAAUGUCACGGAGAACAUCGAUGCCAGCCUGGAACGGAUGCGGGCCAACAUCGAAAAGGAGGUAAAGAAAAAGACGAACAAAAAGAAGAAAAAUAAGAGUGAGCCGGUGGAAGGAUCGCUAGAAGCGAGUAGCAGCAGUAAAGAGGAACAGGCUUUGCCGAAAGUUAGCGUUCGGUUCUUCGACGUGGGAAGCGAACAGGACGUCAAAGAUAUGGCCAUUGCGGACCUGCUGAACAAGAUCCGGGACGAAGAGCAGAUUUUGUUGAAAAUUAUGGAUGACGAUUUCCGGAUAGACUACAAUUCACCUGUUGUGCAGACCAUAAAUCUACCUCAAUCGAUUCUGGCGGGGUUCUAUGUGUACCCAUCGAAGCUGGAGCUGCUAUUCGCCGAAAAGGACCAAUCCGAG